AGAAAGAGAGAGAGAGCGUGUGUGUGGAGCUUAACCUGAGACCUGGACAGAAAAUGCCUCUCCUUUCUAACUUAACGACUAUUGUCUUGUUGCUGAUUGCUCACUGCGGAUCUUGGAUUCUGGCUAACCGCUUGGGCCCCUACAAGGGUUGUCCCUCUUGUAGAGAAUCUUUGGGGGCAGGUCGGGCCCCCCGGGACCAUAUUGGACAAGCAGGCAGCACAUCCAUGUUGGCCCAGGGAGAGCCCUGUGGUGUGUACACCAUGAGCUGUGCCAAGGGGCUGCGCUGCGUGCCCCCUCCUCAGGAACACAGCCCACUCCAGGCGCUGCUGCAGGGCAGGGGCUUCUGCACCAAGCACAGCAGGACCAGUCCCACGGAGAGGCCCCACCCCACAGGUCCACAUCCUUCACAAAGUGGUGAAAUAGAAAAGGCACCCUGCCGCAAGCUGCUCAAUAGUGUUCUGCGGGGUAUUGAGCUCACUAUCUUUCAGUCUGAUCGUGACAUCUAUAUCCCCAACUGUGACACUCGGGGCUUCUACAGGAAAAAGCAGUGUCGCUCCUCCAAGGGUAUGCAGCGUGGCCACUGUUGGUGUGUGGAUGAGCUGGGUACUGCCUUGCCCUCACGUGCCAGCGAAGAUGGCACUUUACCAUGCGAUGGAGAGUGAGAGAGGUCCUUGUCCCAAAAUGUUGAGCCUAGAGGAGGGGGAGUAAGGGGAGGAGGAGGUGGUGGAGGCAGAGGAGAAGGAGGAGGGAGAGGAGGAGGAGGAGGACGAGGAGGAGGGGGAGGAAGGGGAGGAGGAGGCAGAGGAGGAAGAAGGGGAGUAAGGGGAGGAGGAGGUGGAAGAGGAGGAGGGGGAGUAAUGGGGGGAGGAGGAGGAGGAGGAGGAGGAGGAGAGGGGGUGACUUUAGCUUGUGCUAGACACUGCCUGGACAGGAGACACCAGGGAUUAAACCACUUCCUAUGGAAAUUACCCCAAAUUAGUUUACUGUCCUCUAGUCAAGAAACAGCCUAACAAAGACACAUACCUACAGUACAGUACUAUAGUGGCAACAUCCAGCUGAAUGUUCAACAGUUUGCAGCAGCAGUACCAGUCCUCUGAAUCAUUCAGUGUGACAACGUGCAGUAGCUUAUCUAUCUCACAUUACUGCUUUGUUACUCACUGACUCAACUAACUGAUAUCAAAGCUGUAUUUCUCAAUAUUGAAUUCCCUGGCUCUUGUCCUGGCUUCGUCUGUUUGUAUGUUCGUUGUAGAUUUUCUGUUUUAUAGGAUAGCUCACACUGCCUGUGUUUGUUAUUAAAGGCCCAAUGCAGCCGUUUUUAUCUCAAUAUCAAAUACUUUCUGGGUAACAAUUACUGUGAUUGUUUUCAAUUGCAAUUUCUCAAGCAAAACUUUAGCUCGGACUGUCUGGGAGUGGUUUGAGUGUGGAGGGAAAAACUGAAACCUAGUUAUUUGAACUCUCUUAUUGGCCUAUUAAGUAAUUUACCACCAGGCAGGCUAAAACUCUAUCCCACCAAAACAAUCUGACAUUUCAGGCGGUCUGGUCAACCAGCUCUUACACUAAAAGGGCAUUAUCAUAAUUUUCAUAAUUUUACAGUAUAAUUCCAAACUCAUAGUGUGGAAAUAUAUUUUUUUAAACACAGUUAAAUCCCAUGUUUGACUGCACUGGGCCUUUAUCUAAGUGGGCUGAAAUACUGUUACGCUGGUGUUGGUGUGACACAAUGUUUGAAAACGUGUCUCCGUCACCAUCCUCUCUCCCUUUCUCCAAAGAUACACUGACAUUAUGAUACUUAAUUCAAUUGAUGAAAAUUCCUUUUCUAUUUAAUUUAUUUUGGAGUAUGAAUUUCCAUGCAGCACUGCUUGAAUUUUACACUUAUCCUAUAAUCGUGUCAGAAAAAUAGUUAGGCUAUGUGAAACAGUCCAUUGUUGUUGAAAUGACGUUCUGACUGCUCUAAUAGUUGAUUGUUUGUACAUAUGUUGGAUUUUUGUGGUUGACAGUGUGUGUUCUGAAGUGGCAGACAAAAAAAAGCUUAUGGCUGUUACCCUUUUCAAGAAGUUGUUAAGCAUAUUUUUAUACACGUCAAUAUAAUAUUUUAUAUAUAAAUUGUUGGUUUAUGUAAUGAACUACAAUGCCAUGUAUUUUUAUAUUGUCAGCAGUUUUUUUUAUUUAAAAACAGAGGUUAUUUUAUUUAUUUGCUAGGGAGAGCAUUGUGCUUUGGACGCGGUAGCACCCUCAUGGAGAAUCUCACCACACACAUCUGAGCUAUUCAACUGCUGUACAUGUUAUGAUUUUUGUUUAAUUUUCUUUCAAUUUUAUUUAUACUUUGACCAUUUAAUAUUGGAAUGUAUCAUGAUAAUGUUUUGCUUAUGGCAUACCCUACUACAAUGCUAAUUUUGGUCAAUUAAGUUUGAAUAUGUUACAGUUACUUACUUGUCUUUGAAUUGUGUGAUAAACUGUGUGAUUAGAUCAUUUCUAUUUCUCACCCAAUGUAUGUGCUGUGAUGGUAGGGCCAUGCACAGGGGGCCUAAUAUUUACAAAGCCUAAAAUUUAAAAAAUGAUAUCAAAAUGAAUAACAAUAAAUACAUAUAUUAAU